AUGGGAGGAAUGAGUCGUUGGUUGGACGUUGAAGCUGGAACAGAUGAUAUAGAUAUAAAUUCGUUGCCAUCAAAUUUGGUUCUUUGCGAUUUACAAAACGAUAAUGAGUUCAAACUUAUUAUUGGCGAUUUGGGAAAAGGCGGAGACGGUGCUAAGCUCAAGGUUUUUAAAGGAGCAAUGCAAAUAUCUGACCUUGCUUUACCAGAUCUACCUCUAGGUGUGGUCAGUGUAUACACCAGUGAUUCAACACCUAGAAAUUUACCACUAAUAGCUGUGGCAUUUAGUUCUUGUAUUUAUAUCUAUAGGAAUAUGAAAUUAUUCUAUAAAUAUUACUUACCUUGCAUUGAGCUUAAUUUAAAUGAAAUGGAGAUUUGGAAAAAGCUGGUAGAUCCAUCAAAUCAUUCUGAAGAUAAAAUCCUAACUCUUACAGACAGCUUACAUAAUAUAACACAAAAAGUAUUGAGCAUACAGUCAAGAGAAUUUCUAGCUCUAACAUUGGAGCAGCAGCUGGAGUUUUUAGAAAGUGCUAAAUUACCGAAGAAAAGAUACUCAGAAAUAGCAUGUAUUACAACAAUAAAGAUGAGUUCAGUAGAGAAAUAUGCUAUGAGUAGUUUGGUUGUUGGUACUGAAGAUGGUGAAGUUAUUGUGCUAGACCCACAGACCUUCACUCAAAUACAUUUGGUCAGAAUAAGUACAGCUAAGAAAAUACCAUACCAGAUAGUAACUACAGGCCUGUAUAAUGUGAAUUAUAGAAUGACAAUAGCUACAAGGGAGAAAUCCGUAUGUCUUAUAAAGAGGGAUUGGAAGGAAGGUCGGAUUUUAUUCAAUACCGAGGAACAUAUAAUUGCUAUAGAUGUAUUGACUACGGACAACACUGUGAUGGUCAUAUGCACUGAUAAUACACUCGCUUGUUAUAGUCGAAAGGGUAAAAAACAAUGGUGUAUAUCGUUAGAACACCGUCCAGUGGCGAUGACGUUGGUGCCUAUCAUGCACUUGGCCCUCACGUUAGUAGCCGUCGCGCUCAGCUCGGGACAUGUGUAUCUGUAUGAUGGGAAAGCGAAGCGGGAUACUAUGUUUAUAAGAGAUGUUGUAUCAGUGAUGAAGUUUGGACAGCUGGGCCAUGAAGAACAUGUCUUUACUAUAAUUACUUCUAAUGGCAACCUCAUAAUAAAGAUCCUCAAACGCACAGCGGAUUUCAACGCUCACUCCGCGGGAAUAGAACCCGCUGUCUCGACGACAGUGGGCCAAAGGCCUUGGCUUAUACCCAAGAAGUCAAAGUUGUUUCUAGAACAAUCUAUGAGAGAAAGGGAAAAUGCUAUAUCAAUGCAUGAGUAUUUCCAAAGUGAGCUAAACCGAUUGCGUUUAAUAUCAGCAAAAACUCUUCUCGAAGCGUACAGUAAAUCUGAGAACUUUGUUGGGGCGGGCGAAUUGGAGCCCAUUCGGUUAUCGGCUGAGGUGGAAGGAUUAGGCCCGGUUUUCCGAGUAACACUGAUAGUAGAAAAUACGUCGAAUGAGAAAGCCGUUAUCGGCCUCUCCAUACUGUUCCACGUACACUCAACUAAUUAUAAAGUACGCAACCCAUAUAUUAAGGUUCCGCUAAUAGCUCCAAACAACCAACUCAAGUUUCCAACUCAAGUUGAAGAGAUUUUCGGUGAAAAUCUCAACCCUGAUAUAUUCUUUCGCAAUGUCACCGGUCAGGCAGAUGAGGGGUCCUUCAUAAAAGUAUUGCUUUUGAAAGAGGGAAAGCGAAGCCCCGUCCUAGCGGCGACGGUCACAAUGCCCCCAACUGAUCCCUUAAUGAUCCCAUACGAUAAGAUACAAAUGUCCAACGAUUUCAAACAAGAUGUCAUCAACGUAGAC